UCUGUGGAGUCCACGUCGGAGUUUUGCAAAUAUCUCAGCAUCAUUGUGGUUUUGUCAAAUAUGUCAAUAUCCUUGUUGAAGUUACGAUGUUAUCAGUGCAAUCAGCCGUACCAAUGCGGCCAUGGUGUCUGCUACGGCGAUAUGUGCGUGAAAACCUCAAUAUCGCAAAACAAUGCCUAUGUGAGCAAAGGAUGCGAGAAUGUUACACAUGCAAUGAGCCACUAUGAGCCACAACUGAAGCUGAAGAGUUAUUGCCGCACAGAAGUGGUGUUCGGCAUUGAGAGCACAAUCUGCUACUGCCGCGACGGUGACUUUUGUAAUAUGUCGCCACCAUCUCUUCUAAAUUCUCUCGUCGUUAUUAUACCUUCGUUGUUUCAAAGAAUCUUGUGA